GCCACUUCUUCACCGUACAAAUCCAUCUCCCUAUUAUUAAUUAAACUUAAUAAACUCCAUUUAGUGCUUCAACAGAGAAAAUCUCACACCCAAACCCAAACCCAAACCCAAACCCAGUGGUCAGUGUCACGCUUCUCUCGCCUUAUAAAGUAGUAUAAAAAUUCACAGCUCUCGAUUCUGGAUCUCUUUCCGUUUCUUCUUCCACUCAAUAGCACGCGCACUCUGUUUUCUGAAUCCUAAUCUGAACCCUAGUGAUCGAGGAAAAUGGUUUACACCGUCUCGGGGAUUCAGUUCCCCUCGGUUCCUUCGUUGCAGAAAUCGUCGCAGCUGAGCUUCUACGAUCGAAGGAGCGCUUCGUUCUCAUUUCUCCUGAACAGGAACUCCUUCUCUCGGAAAAGUCUCGCUGUAAAAUGUUCCCAUGAUUCUGACUUGUCAUCUUCCUCGGUUGCUGAAUCUGAUAAAGUACUUAUUCCUCAAGGUCAUGAUAACUCUUCAACCACGACUGAUGAAGUUGAAGCUCCUGAUAUAACUUCAGAGGAUCCGCAGAAAAUACAAGAGUUUACCAUGAAAGGUGAGAAAAUUGAUUAUGAAGCAGUUAGCACUGACAAAGAUGACAAGGAUGGGCAAGGUCAUGUUUUGUCAUCACAUGUGGAUGUUGACACCAAUACUCAAGCUGAGAAUACAUCAGUAUCUAUAAACAAGAAAGUGAAGGUCGAAAGUGAGGAAGCUAGACCAAAGAUCAUUGCCCCACCUGGCACUGGUCAUAAAAUAUAUGAGAUUGAUCCAUCUUUGCAAGCUCACCGUGCUCAUCUUGACUUCCGUUAUGGACAAUAUAAGAGAUUGCUUGAAGAAAUUAACAAGAAUGAAGGUGGUCUGGAUGCAUUUUCUCGUGGUUAUGAAAAAUUUGGCUUCACCCGCAGUGCUACAGGCAUUACUUACAGAGAGUGGGCACCUGGAGCAACGUCAGCAGCAUUAAUUGGAGAUUUCAACAACUGGAAUCCAAACGCAGAUGUAAUGACUCGGAUCCGCAUGGAAACUCCGUCUGGAAUCAAAGAUUCAAUCCCUGCUUGGAUAAAGUUCUCUGUACAGGCUCCUGGUGAAAUUCCAUAUAAUGGUAUAUACUAUGAUCCACCAGAAGAGGAAAAAUAUGUCUUCAAAUAUCCACAGCCAAAGAGACCAAAAUCACUUAGAAUAUAUGAAUCACAUGUUGGAAUGAGUAGUCCGGAACCAAAAAUCAAUACGUAUGUCAACUUUAGAGAUGAAGUGCUACCUCGCAUUAAAAGGCUUGGCUAUAAUGCUGUCCAGAUUAUGGCUAUUCAAGAGCAUUCUUAUUAUGCUAGCUUUGGGUACCAUGUUACAAAUUUCUUUGCACCUAGCAGCCGGUUUGGAACUCCGGAUGAUCUCAAGUCUCUCAUAGACAAAGCCCAUGAAUUAGGCCUGCUUGUUCUGAUGGAUAUUGUACAUAGUCAUGCAUCAAAUAAUACACUGGAUGGGCUGAACAUGUUUGAUGGAACUGAUACUCAUUACUUCCAUGGUGGGUCACGAGGUUAUCAUUGGAUGUGGGAUUCUCGUCUUUUUAACUAUGGAAGCUGGGAGGUUCUAAGGUAUCUGCUUUCAAAUGCAAGAUGGUGGCUGGAAGAAUAUAAGUUUGAUGGGUUUCGAUUUGAUGGUGUCACAUCAAUGAUGUAUACUCAUCAUGGAUUGGGGGUUGGUUUUACUGGAAAUUACAAUGAGUACUUCGGUUUUGCAACUGAUGUUGAUGCUGUGGUUUACCUGAUGCUGGUUAAUGAUGUCAUUCAUGGGCUCUUUCCUGAGGCUGUUACUAUUGGUGAAGAUGUCAGUGGAAUGCCAACAUUUUGCCUUCCUACACAAGAUGGUGGGGUUGGCUUUGACUACCGCCUGCACAUGGCCAUUGCAGACAAGUGGAUUGAGAUUCUCAAGAAGAAAGAUGAAGACUGGGAAAUGGGUGAUAUAGUUCACACUCUCACAAACAGAAGGUGGCUAGAAAAAUGUGUAGCAUAUGCUGAAAGUCAUGACCAAGCUUUGGUUGGGGACAAGACAAUUGCAUUUUGGUUGAUGGACAAGGAUAUGUAUGACUUCAUGGCCUUAGAUAGACCAUCUACUCCUCUCAUAGAUCGUGGUAUAGCACUACACAAGAUGAUUAGGCUUAUCACAAUGGGUCUUGGUGGGGAAGGGUAUUUGAAUUUUAUGGGGAAUGAAUUUGGCCAUCCUGAGUGGAUUGAUUUUCCAAGGGGUGAUCAACAUCUUCCUACUGGUGCAGUAAUUCCCGGGAAUAAUUACAGUUAUGAUAAAUGUAGGCGUAGAUUUGACUUGGGGGAUGCAGACUAUCUUAGAUAUAGGGGGAUGCAAGAAUUUGAUCAGGCUAUGCAGCAUCUGGAAGAAAGGUUUGGUUUCAUGACUUCUGAACACCAAUAUAUUUCUCGGAAACAUGAGGGUGACAAAGUUAUAGUGUUUGAAAGGGGCAAACUUGUAUUUGUCUUCAAUUUUCAUUGGUACAACAGCUAUUCAGAUUACAGAGUUGGAUGUUUAAACCCAGGGAAAUACAAGAUUGUCUUGGAUUCAGAUGAUCCCUUGUUUGGUGGCUUCAACAGACUCAAUCCCACAGCCGAGUACUUCACCUCUGAUGGCUGGUAUGACGGCCGACCCCGAUCUUUUCUCGUGUAUGCACCUUCUAGAACAGCUGUGGUGUAUGCCCUCGCAGAUGAAGCUGAGCCAGAGCCAACGCUAAAACCAGUUGAAGUCCUAAAACCAGUUGAAGUGCUAGUGAUGGAACCAGAGCUAGAGCCAGAGCCAAAGCAAGUGCUAGAGUCAGAGUCAAAGCCAGAGCCAGUUGAAGCAGAAGUUGAACCCUGAUGACUAUUUUCUGGGACAAGUGUGACUAGUGCUGCAUGGCAUGUUUGCGAUAACAACUCCAAGUCAAACUAGCCAACAAAUAUAUUUGUCGGUAACGCUGAAAAGCUAAGAAGCUGAAGUAAAAAAGUCGGAAUAUCGUUCAUUGUGAACCGCUAUUUAAUCUUAAGCGAGGCAGCAUAGUAACGUGAAAAUCUUGUACUUGUGUCUUGCUAGGUAAAAUUAUGUAUAGCACGCAGAGUUUUAUGUUUUUAGGGUUUUAUGUUUGACCUCUACGGAUCGCAUCACAUUUGAGGAAUGUGAAUUAGCAAAACAUCUGUCCACGACCCUCACUGUACCCGAGCAGCAUUCACCAAUCAAUCAUUCCUAAUUGCAAAGGUUCAGAGGGAUCUUACCCUAAAAAAUUUUGCGAGAGGCUUUUGCUUUUGUAAAUGUCUCCGUCA